GAUACCGAGUACUUUGGCGCAUGCAUAGAAUACCACUGUUUAUAGCCCAACCGUAGCAUUUGCUGUUUUAUUAUAUUUAAAACUUCGCCAUAAAAGCACAAUAUUCUUCUCCAUAAGCCGAGAUGUCCAAGGAGCACUGGAUGCGCGAUCUGCCGCCUGAGCUGCGCGAUCUACCAAUUGUCAAUCUGGCCAUACCAGGUUCACACAAUUCAAUGACCUAUGGAAUUAAUAGCAGCUCAAAGCUAGCCCCGGAUGCAGAAAGCGCAAUACGUCGUUGGCAUCGUUUUUUUCCCUGCUUUGUGCGCCGUUGGUCCAAAAACCAAUCGUCGACCAUUUUGGAGCAACUGCAUCUCGGUGUGCGCUAUUUUGACCUACGCAUAGCACAAAAUGAUGAUAAAUUCUAUUAUUGUCAUGGACUCUUUGCCAUGGAAGUGUUUGAGCCGCUGCAGGAGCUGCGUCAAUUCCUAGAUACGCAUCCUGGCGAGAUGAUAAUACUGGACCUGCAGCAUUUCUAUAACAUGACCGUCGCACAGCACCAGCAGCUGCACAAAGAGCUUUUGCAGUUCUUUGAUCAACGCCUGUAUGCCACAACAGAUGGCUAUCUGCUCGAAUGCUCCUUGACGCGCUGUGCCGAGCUCCAGCGCCAAGUGGUGCUCAUCUAUAGACGCUGCCCGAUUGGCCUGCCCCCACAGUUCUGGCCCAGCUAUGCCUGGCCAACGCCUUGGCCGAAUACGGCCAGUGUCAAGAAGCUGCAGUCCUUCCUAGCCGAUUCGCUGCUCUCGCGUCAGCCACAACAGGGCUAUGUCUCCCAGUGUCUCCUCACGCCAACCGGACGUUAUAUAGCGCUGCGUGUUUUCUUCACCCUAAAACGAACGGCAAAGCGUGUGGAUAAAAAGCUAAAGCCUUGGAUACUGGAACAGCUACCAGGACCUUUUGCAAGCGGUCAAUCGCCGCGUGUGAACGUCUUUCUGGCAGACUUUGUUAAUCUGAAAAAUGGCCAGUUCUGCAACUGGGUUGUUGAAUUGAAUACUAAACUGGAGCCGGCGCAGGAUAAGUCGGAGUCUCUGGAUGAUCCUUUAUAGACCGCACGAUCCGAUGGUUAUUGUUGUAUAUUAUUAUCGUACAAAUAUUGUUAAAUAAUUUUAUAUGGUGCUUAUUAUUUUUACGAUGCUCUCUAAAAUCGAAUAAGGCUUCAAUUUGUAUCUAUUUAAAUUAUUAUUAAUUAUGCACCCACUUUUUAUGGUGCUAUUUUCUAUUCGUUUACGGAUCAUCUGCUUGCAAUGAAUUCCAGCCUAAUAUUUGUUAUUAAAUGCCUGUCUUGUUUUAAAUGUUUCUUUGUUUUGUUAUGUUGAAUCACUUCAAAACUUGCUUUUCUGCAAUGUUCGCAAUAAAUGAACUUAAAUGUAA